UUUCUAGUUACCACCCCUUUAUUGAGAAAUGUUGGAAAAAUCCGCAGUUGCGAUUAUUUGCACCGUAGGAUAAUAAUAAACAACCUUUAUUCACUACCUUUCCGGACCACUUUCUUAUUUCAGGACCUUUUGUUAAGUUAAUAAUACCCAGAACUGCACGAAGUAGAACACUUAUUUCCCCUUCUCGUUUCAUUUUUGUGUAGUCGAAGAAAAGCAGCAGCAGUGUCAGUGUCGUCCUUGUCUACAACUUCACUGUCUCUCGAUUAGCUCUGUAUCAAAUGCAAAUAUGUCUGGGUCUGGAAAGAACUUGUGAUGCUGGCCGGCGAAGCGUGAAGACGCCACAAAUGACGGCGCAGCAUGACAAGUUUCUGAGUUCUUGCAAGGUGUUGUCUAUUCAGCAUGUUGACAAACUGCGUAGUUUUUGAAUGACAGAAAAUCGGAGCUUUUGGGUUGUAUCCUGCAUGACAGAUUUGGGAGUCAACAUGCAAGUAGAGCAACACAACCUUUUACUCUUCCAGACCCAAACAUUUUUGCAAAAUGCAUACUCUGCUCCAAUUCCGCCUGUCCUGAUCCUUGAGGCUAAGCGCAAGCUGACUCUUCCUUGUUCGCUGGAGACAAUCUUCACCACGGUGGACUAGGCCGAGAGGUAUACAUUUUUUUUUGUUUAUUUUUUCAUGUUCUUCGAAGCCGAUCUCCAUCUCGAUGUCAAACAAAAAGUGAACUUUUUCCGCGAUGAACGAAACAAAGAUCGGAUGAACCUGGAUCACCUCUUACACGACCUCCGAUCUGAACUGCUGGUCUACUAUGUGAAGACGUUUCGCAAUUUUAUGAUCGUGGUUCGUAUUGAAAAAGAAAUUAUAAAUUUCUGUCAGCUCCUGCUAAUUUUUCCGAGUAAGCAGAGUAUGUGGCUGGACAUGAUCACCGGGCGCGUCCUGCGGUUGCUGUGUCUCGUCACGGGCACAGCUGUUUUACCGGUGAAGGCGACAGUAACCACAACCUGUCCACCAUGGUACGGAAAACAGGACCGCAAAAAAGCGGAUGGGAGCGACAUAUUAGAGAGUGAGCGAAACGCCGCCUUCGACUUCUACGGAGCCUACGACUUGAACAUGCAGGAGGAGCUACUGUGAGGAAAAAUCCCCCCUCCCCAUACUAAAAGGGAACGGAAUGCUUCUAAAAGCGACCACAAAUCCUCUUUCUCUUGCAAGAGGGCAAAUCCAAAGAGUGCAGGCGGUUUGUAAUGCUGCUUUUUUAUGCAGGCGGUUUGUAAUGCUGCUACGUCUACACGGCAGGCCUCUGCGUUGCUACGCACCUACACCAAAACACCCCUACGAAGGCUGAGGCUUUGCCUGCAGUACGUCACUGCAGGACAGAGCUGAUUUGUGUACACAAAUGCAGCAACAGAAAUUUCCUUUUCAAGAUGGGGCGGGGGGAUUUUUCAUUUUGAUAGGAGCGAACAUGUGAGAUAGCAGAUCCUGAUGACGACGCUUGUCAGGAUGUUGUUGUACGCGUAGGCCCUACGUCGCGACUUAUCACGACGACUCCCGGCGCGGGAAAACUGCAGGUGUACGGAGCGACCGCGCACGCUGUCGCUGUGCAAAGCGCACAACCUAUCAUUUGUAAAAACGUCCCCACCCCAGAGUUGUCAUGCAGAUUUGCAACGACAGGAACAUUGGUAAUGGGCAUCUCCAUGAGAGGAAUUUGAAUUUCUAGUCGUGUUUUGGCAUUUGUAAUGCUGUAACCAGGAUAAGCAGAUGGGUUUCUGAUGCGUUUGCCUGUGCUAGCCUGCACUACACUACGGACUGCAACUUGUGAUGCAUGAGUCCCAAGACUUCCAGGUUUGUGUUGCAAAAUCCCCAUCUUGACUCUGGGGUGGGGACGUUUUUACUCAGGAUACAACCGGGCCCUGACUACCCGCAGCUUUACGAUGGUCUGCUGGGUCGGUGGGUAUCAAAUGCAAAAAUGUCUGGGUCUGGAAGAGUGCAGUCUUGUCAUGCUAAAUCUGAAUCAUGUAAAAAUCUGUGUUGCAUGUUUACCAAAAGCUGUCCACUUUUGACCUAAUCGAGAGGCAGUUUCUCAUGCAGGAUAGGCAUGAUAGAACUUCUGCCACAGAAUCUGUCAUGCUAUGUCCUUCAUACCAGACCUCACGGGUCAUGGAAAACCUGCAUGACAAGUCUGGCACUCUUCCAUACUCAGACACUUUUGCAAUCCAUAGUGGGGGGAUGGUUACGAUGGAACCAGCAGCCAGACUACGUUCAAUAUCACGGGAAAAAUAAAGUGUUCCACUGUAACGAUUUUGCGAGUUUCGCAUCACAAGUUCGCUCUACAAACAUGACAACGAAAACUUGCCAUGCGCACGUCCCAAGGGGAUAAAACACGCUUGGAAAUGAUCCAAGGUCUUGCAGGUCGUGUAGCAAGACAAAUAAGUAGUUCUGUGUUCCAAUUUCUGCAUCACAAGUUUACAGUGAAACAGUUUUUCCUGGCGAUAUUCAACGGGCUGGAGCACGCGACCUCGGCGUUAUCAAAUGCAAAAAUGUCUGGGUCUGGAAGAAUGCAACCUGUGAUGCUGCAUUUGGAUGUCUAAAAAAUUUGUGUUGCAUGAGAAGCAUAAAGGAUUCUAAUUUUUGAUUUUGCUACGCGGAAAGGGCAUUUUUCAUGCGGAAUAGGCAUCAAGAAUCCUGCAAAAAACCUGUGACGCUAGAGCAUGCAUCACAGACAUCAUGGCUCAUGCAAACCGUGCAUGACAACGACAAGUCUCAGAAUCUUGCAGACCCAGACAUUUUUGCAUUUGAUAGGCGUGUCCCUGGUACCAAAUGCAGCUGGUGCCCUCGCCACAGUCCUCUCCCGUGUCAGUUGGAAAAGUGCGGGUCUGGCUUAUCGCAAGGAAAGAUCCCUCCUUCCCCUAUUUAUGCUCAAAAGCGAGAUCUGUGACCAUGCUGAUAUGUGAGGACAAGUGACCUUUGUCGUGCAAAAAGGCAAGCGCAGAGGGCUGCCGCGCCGCUUUACGAAAGGAACUUCUCAUGCUGUAUGGCAUCCGGGGAAGGCGUUUGGCCUUUGGCAUAUGGCUUGUCAGACACUUACUCUCCUAAACAGGCCGAGGAUCUGUAUCUGACUGCAGUCCUCUGCUGCAAGACAGAGCCUAUUUGUGUACGCAAAUCCAGCAAGAGAAGUCUUCGCUCUUGAUCUAAUGGGGAGGGGGUUCUUUCAUUUUGAUAUGGUUCACGGGUGGGGAUUGGGUGCCCGGGUGGGGCACGCCAUCUACGUAUACAAACGAACAGGACUUGAGGCCAAAACUGGACCAUUUGACGUCUUUGUUCGAGAAGGGCGGGCUUCGGGUCAAGGUCGCAAACGCUCCGUAUCAUGAGGCGAAAUCCCCCUACCCGUAUCGAAAAGACAUGCGUGCCUCUGAAAAUCUGUGCUGCUGAUUUGUAAUCUUCACAGACCGCGUCUGGUGUCCUGCAAGAGAGCAAAUCCAGAGAGCCCGCCGCAUUUUUACGCAGCUGAUCCGCCAUUAUAUAUCUGCAGCUGUUCUUGUGCGGGUGCGCACAGGGCAGGCCACUGCCAUGCUAAGUAACAACGAAGCACCUAUGCCAGGCACUUCUAUGCAGGCGUAGGACCACCUGCGGCCUGCUGUCUCUCGCUACAAGGCAAAGCCGACUCCUGUACACGAAUCGCGCAUGAGCACAGAUUUCCCUCGGAAAAUGUAUGGGGAGGGGGGAUUUUCCCUUUUGAUACUCAGCGGGCGAGGAUGUCAACGGAAAAAAACGGGGAGCGAAGCUAUGAAACCUGUCCGGAUCCAGACGUCGGGGACGAUGAAAAAGUCUGCGGCAUUGUAACCCUUCCCGGAACAGCAGCAGACCCUGAAGGAAUCGCAAUUCAGUCAAUGCCUGUCGAUUAUUCAUGGGCAAAAUUAUAACAAACAGCUACCAGCUUUUUGCGAUGGCGAAAACGGGACAACGGAAGUAGUCGGCGCGCAUGAUGAAGAUCUGCAACAUGUAUACUGCAAAGCGUUCAAUAAAUUCUAGCCAAAACGCGAAACCUUUUCAGUGGUCGCCAGCCUGUUUUCUUGGCUUGGUUUUGCAGCUUUCGCAGCACACGUGUAGUGCUGACGUUCCGGGCGUCGCCGCUUUCGCGCUUUCAAUAAAGGGCUGGUCGCUGUUUCUUAUUUUGGCAAUGCAUAUUAAGAGCGCCGCUUCCGGAUCCGGGGGCGUCAAAAUGGGCGACCUUUUUAAGCCACUAUACGAUCACGCGAAAGCACGGCACAAAGCGCAAGCGGCCUUCGUGGGCACUCGCGACCUGUCGGAGACGGGCCAAACAGAAGACUAUCAAAUGCAAAAAUGUCUGGGUCUGGGAGAUUGCAAGAUUUGCCAUGCAUAUUUUGCAUGAUCCAUAAUGCCUUUGAUGCAUGGCCUAGCAUCACAGAUGUUUAGAGCGCCUCCUCAUGCCUAUUCCGCAUGACAAAUGCCAUCUCCGCGGAGCACAAAAUCUACUCCUCUUACUGGUCAUACAUAUACAAAUUUUUUUCGAAUCCAGAGACAGCAUCACAAGUUUAGAAUCUUCCAGACCCAGACAUUUUUGCAUUUGAUAAAGGCGGCUUCUUGGCAAAGUAUUUUGAUCCGGUGCACCCCGUUCAGUAUUGAGAGGAAAAAUCCCCCCUCCCCAUAUCGAAAAGGUAUGUUUCCGAAAAUUUGCGUUGCUGAUUUGAGACCACGGAUCACGUCUGUCUUGCAAGAAGACAACGCCGCAGACUCUGCCGCAUUAUGCAGGCGGUUUGUGAUGCUGUUGGGCCUACAGCAUAGACGUUUCCCAUGUUAAGCGCCUAGGCCAGAACCUCUCUACUCAGGCUCGGCAGGAGCCUGCAGCCCUCUACUGCAAGACAGCCCUGAUUUAUAUACGCAAGCCCAGCAUCAGAAACUUCCUUUUGAGAUGGGGAGGGGGGGUCUUUCCUUGUGAUAUUCAGUCCUCAACGUUCAAGGCAUAUGGAGCCGCAUGGUGGCUGUGCAGCCGGGAAAUGUUUUAUGUCGACGUCGACUGCUAUCCAGUGCAAAUAAUCUUGUUCGCCUGGAAGACUGGAAGACUUGUCACGCGUCUCGUGGUUCUUUACCUUUACGAUAUAUAUUGUACAAAGUUGGCAUUAUUCAGUGCACCCAGAAGCAUCAGAAAUUUUGAAAGAGCUUCUUAUCUCAACGCCCACUCCGUAUGAGAAGUUUACCUGUUGAGUGGUAGGAAGUGGGCACCUUUUGAUGCGGUACGAUUCAGAUUUGGCAUGAGCAUGACAAACUCGGACAGCCUACCGGGACCUGAAAAAGGGGUAUUUGCAUUGCAUCACAACCAGGGAAAGGAAGCAAACUACGUAAUCGUGGAGUUCCCCGGCGUUACGCAAAAGGAGGCCGAGGAACAGGAGACCAAGGAUACUGAUGGCGUCCUCGAAACAAAUCCGGCUAAGCUCCGCACGAUCCGUUAUGUUGACGAAAUCGAAGUGUAUGCCCCUCCGGCGGUUCAGUGUGCGACCGGGGAGCACUCUCUGGAAGGGCAGCAAAAGAAGUGCUACCCCAAUGUGUGCACCUGCACGAAUGGAGAUCCGCUUGUCACCGGUGCGUCAAGCGGCGAGAUUUGCAAGGGAGACGGCCUUUCUGGGUGCCGUGAGUGCCAUCCAAACUUCGUUCUGAUCGGUGCGGAAAGCGACAGCCCAGCCUGUUCCCCAAAACAGCUGUGCGCUGCGGCAUUUGGCGGCGCCAGCGGCCAGCUGAGUUGUCCAGUUGGCAAGGCCUUGACACCGGAUGCCUCCGCACGCUGCGCCGGUACGAGUUGCACAGUCGCUGCUGACGCGGCCACUUGCUGCCAGCUCAUCGGCAGCUGCGGUAGCGGGUUCCAUGACGGUUGCCCUACGCAGGCCGCUCUUCUCGGCUCACAAAUGUGUGCAGAUGCCGAAGCGUGCACCAAAGCAGAGUGCUGCCAGUCGACGUGCGAAGAGGCAGACGCGGACUCCUCUGUCCGGGAAGCUUGCCGGGAAGCUGCAGAGAGUAGUGCGGGAGCCGGUAUAAAAAUCCGGGGGUUCGCGCAGUGGAAGUUGUGUCCCGCGGACGGCAGUGCUUGCGACUCUGCCGAGCAUUGCUGCGUCACGGCCGAAGAGGGAGCCAGUGAGGAUCUGCGCGCACGGAUGCAGAACUUGUAUGUCGCCCUGUCAUAUCAACUGCAAAGAUGUCUGGGUCUUCUGGGAGAUCGCGAGAUUUGUCGUGCUAGUCUGGCAUGGCUCUGAGCUCUGUAUUGCAUGGCCGCGAAGAUCUCCUCGUCCCUGUCAUGCAAAGACGCCGUUUCUCGUGCGGAAUGCGCAACUCAGAAGCUGCAUGAAAAAGCUUGUCAUGCCUGGCAGCGCAUUGUGGUGAGCUUACUAUUCCCUUCCUUGCGUCACAAGUUUCCAGACAUCCAGGGAUCUUUGCAAUGCAUAUGUCAUCUACUUUGUCUCCAGAGAGAUUCGCGACCCUCAUGGACGAAGUCGGCACCAACGAGGCCACCGCAGCAACGUUUUUCCGGCUCGUUGAGAACGGGGUUCGCACCCUGCACAAACAGCCGGAGGUCGUGGUGCCGUGGCUUACUGACGCCGGCGUUCCAACGGCGUUCCUGAUGCAGCAAGCCAACUUGGUCAAGAUCACGGGCAGCCAGUCCGAGGUGGUUCAAACAUUUCCGGCGUCCGAUUCGUCGCGGACGCGCAGCCGAUCGAGGAACCUGCUCCACGCAGAUCGUGGGCUUUCUGCGGCCAGUGCGUCGUCGUCCUACGCAGUGCGCAUUUCGUCGUACGGCCUGUACCUUGAGGACGGAGUGGCUUCCUCGACGGCAGAGUUGGAAGCGGCCUUGGAGCGCUUCGAGAAUCAGUUAACUGCCGCCGGCGUGGCGGAGGCUUUAAGCGACGCGUUUGCCGCGGACAGCAGUAACACCUUUCGCAAUACCGAGGUCGCGGCGGCGAGCGUGACCUCCCUCCCGACUCGGGUGGCUCCACCGCGGGAAGUCGAGAGCGCGAACCCGGCAUCGACGUCGUCGUCCACGACGAGCACCACCACGGAACCGGCGGUGGUUGCACCAGCAGCCACUGACGACGGAACCGUCUACGUGGACGAGGACAACGCGUGGUGGGUGGCGGUGCUCGUGAUCGUCGUGGUCGUGCUCGCCUUCUUCGGGGGAUCGUACGUGAAGUCUGGCCGUGCCGUAUCAAAAGAAAAAAUCCCCCCUCCCCAUAUCAAAACGAUGCUUCUGAUGCUGGAUUUGCGUACACAAAUCAGCUUUGUCUUGCUGGAGAGGACUGCAGACCCAUAGCAAGCCAGAGUAGAGAGGCUUUGGCCUAGUCGCUUAGCAUGAAAAACGUCCGUGCUGUAGGCCCAACAGCAUGAUAAACCGCCUGCAUAAUGCGGCGGAACCUGUGGAGUUGCCUUCUUGCAAGACAAAUGCGAUUUGUGCCCUCAAAUCAGCAACACAAAUCUCCGUAAGCGUACCUGUUCAGUAUGGGGAGGGGGGAUUUUUCCUUACGAUAUGCCGGCGGAGGCUGGGCGCAGUCGUCCUGGUCGCAGGCGGGAAAAGGCUCCUCGUGGGCGGGCCCGCGAAAGGGCGGCGGCUCGUAUGGCCAUUGGAGCAGCAAGGGGGCUGCGGCUGCGCCACAAAGCGGUUCGUGGAACAAAGCGGGCCGUCCGACCUCCCCGAGCGCACCAGCGGCCGCCUGGGGGAAGAGCGCUAGUACUAGCCCAGGAGGAGGAGGUCCCCAUGCUGGGCCGAAAGGAAACAAGGGGGGCCCGCCCGGUGCCGCGUACCCCGGUGCCGCGUACCCCGGUGCCGCGUACCCCGGUGCCGCGUACCCCGGUGCCGCGUACCCCGGUGCAAAGGGGGAAAGUGGCGCGGCGAGAGCUCUCCGUCGAGUUUACCAAAUGCACAAAUGUCUGGGUCUGGAACGUUGCAACUUGUGAUUGGAAGGUAAAAAAAAUCUGUAUUGCAUGACCAGCAACAGGAGUUCAGUUUGUGCUACGCGGAGCGGGCGUUUCUCAUUCGGAAUACGCAUCAGAAGGCCCUUUAAAAAUCUGCGGUGCUAGGUCAUGCAUUACUUGUAAUGCAUGACCUAGCAUCACAGAUUACUUGUGCAAAAUAUGCAUGACAAACCAUUUUGGCUCAAGCGCCAUCUUGUUCCCGAAAGGUUAAGGUUGUUCUUACCACGACCCCUCGAAAAAUCAGAACAAAUUGAUGUCGCUGUUUGUCCACAAGAAAUUCUUCUUUCUUCGUUUCCCGCCGGACUUGUUGGUCAUGAACCUGGCCGCGCGGCGGGGAGCGAGUAUUAAAAACUUCAAUUUGUUGGAAAAGAUGUUGACCUUCUUGGUAUUGUCUUUUUCAGGCUGUUCUUUCUACUGUCGCUUUCUAUUUCUAGGAAGUAGUUGUAUUAAUAUCAACGGCCAAGAAGACCAUGGCAAAAUCACAAUCUUCGCGAACGCCCUGUCUUUCACGGCACAGAAAAGCCGCAACAAGGAGAAGCGAGAAGGACAAAGUGCGACCAAGAGGCGGAAGAUUGCCAUCACCAGCUUGACUACGGGUGGAGGCGGUGCCGGGGGUCAACAUGCUGCUCUUCACAGUAAAGGAAGGACACCAGUUGCCCAGAAGUUCGUGCAAGAAGAAGUUAUUCCUGUAAACAAGAUCAUGGAAGAUCAUGACGAGGAUCAUGUUGCCUCUCCUGGAGGCGCAGCAUCAGCAUUUCAAGAAGACGUAGUUGCGGACCAGCACGUAGAAGCGGGCACACCAGCUGCAACGACCCUUCAAGUUGCAGCUGCUGCUUCAUCGGCGGCCGCUGCGCGGCAGCAGGUGGAGAAACAACAACAGCAAAUCGUCCAGGACAUUGUCGAGGAUUCCUGUUGCGGUGGGGGUGAAGAUGACAGAGCGCAUAUCCUAAGCAAAAACGUCCCCACGACCCCGUAGUCAAGUUGGGUGGAAUCUAGCAAUACAAAUCGCCUCACCCGGCGGGAUGUAAGUUGGGGAGCACUGAUAGAUAAAAAGGUAGCAUGCACAGGGGAGAGUGGCCCCUGUUGCAAUGCUGACCUAUAAAGAAAGAGAAAGAUCAUGAAGAUCCGUAUCGUACAAGCAAAAGGACCCACGCAUUGCGGGGCGGGAUCCGUAUCGUGAAAGAUCCAGUAGUUUUUCUAGUCUAUGCUGUGCCCCUUACUAGCUUGCCGUCGAGUAGAAGUAGAGCUGAUUUUAUUGCAAUUGCCGCUUUUGCGAUAUUUUUAGCGGACCCCGCCAAAAUACCCUCAUGCUUUUCCCGAGUAAACUCAUUGCAACUAGAAACAUCCCCUUCCUGCUUCGGCGCACCCCAUCUGCCUAGUCGCCCCUAGGUAGAUGAGGGAAUUUUUUGUGUGGGCUUCUUCCUGCUUAAUUAAUCUGACAGGGGCUACGUUUUUUUUUUCUGUCUUGCCAGCAGAGUGGGUGAGGGAACUAAACAGGAAUCGACAACGAAGUGCAGGACCAGAGGACGAGAGCCGAAAAGGUACAAAUCGGGAAAAAAUGCCGUAUACCCGCGUAACCUGGUAUGUGAAUUGUGCUACACUCUUCACAUUUCAGAGAUCGCACCCGCUCGCGCAAAAAAUUAAAUAGUGAAUGAUGAAAAGUAAGUAAGUAACGCACGCCGGCUCCUAGCUUAAAAAAAAUGAUGAAUUUAUAUGCUGGGCCUCGCAUAAGUUUAAGGCCUCGCGGCUGAGGGGCUGGGUUUCGUUGUGAUUGAAGUUUCUGCCGGUGCACAGCAAUGUGAAUCCGAUUUGCUUGCUGCUGCUAUGUAUGCUUUGUAUGUUUCCUGCCGCCUUGUAGUCGUUAUUCAGCACUUUGUCUUUGCCGCUCUUCGUUCGUUUUGUCCAAGGAGCUAGAUCGCAAAUUCGUGCGCUCCUUCGCCUUUGAAAAAUUAGAUCUUCCCUGUGCCCGGUGUUGUCCCACGUAUAUGUAGGUCUCUACCCUUUUACAGUCUUGUGGCCUUCGCACUUAGUCUUGCUUGAUCCACGUCUUGUAGCGCUAGGCGUUCCGCGGACCCCGCAUCCUCGCAGGGGCUUCUCUUUUUUUUUCCGCCUAGCCAGCGGAUUGUUGCUUGGGGGGUGCUAUUAGCUUUGCAAAAACAAGUACGCUAGUUUUUUACAACCGUCUUAACAGCCGCAGGCUUGCAUCUGCGGCUAUCGCCACUCUGCAAACGCCCGGUGUAAUUUUCAAAAAACAAGAUCUGCCUCGCUGCUACCGGGGUUAGGACGUGCCUCAUUCAGGGCGGGCGGUAGCUAAAUGCGGACCUGUGUGGGCUUAAGUUUUCUGAAGCGUGCACACAGUCAGUAGCGUAGCGCACUAGCUUAAUCAUUUUUGACCGUUUUACGAACUUCGUGAAAAGACCGGGGCUGCUUCCUCCCGUUGUAAUUAGAUGGGUUUACGGGCUUAGGGUUUUCCGAUUCAGCAAAAAAAAAGCAAGCUCUUCGUCGACGUGGAAAAAGCUUUAUCGGACGUGUGCCGCUGCUACCGGCUCGACACGUAGAAAACGAAUCUCGCGCGUUGUGCGGGAGUAGCUACCCCUCCCCUACUUCGGGUUGUAGUUGCCAUUGGUGUCAUUGAUUGUGGUCGACAAAAUCUCUUCCCGAUGAUUUCCUUCUUUGGGUUUGUGUAUGGUGAAUAAGGAGCUUGCUCCUUUUUAGUGCCGCGGUGUCGGAGGUUUUGCAGCAUUCACGCACAAGCUGCAUUUUUGGAAACGGAGGGUGGGUGCGGGACCCCCAUCAAGUCGUCGCGGCGCGAAGCCGCAAAUCCCAGGUCCUCGUUCACCAUCAGAAGUGUUCGACCGGUGGGGCGCUCCACUGAAACUGAACUGAAACUGAAAAAUUUGCGAGCCAAUAAAAAAAAAAAAAAAAAUAUGCAUGACAAACCUGGCAAUCUUCCAGACCCAGACACUUUUGCACUUGAUAGAGUUACAUGAUGGGCCAUUGGUAGUAGAAGCGGGAGGACGAAAUAAUAUCAGACAUAAAUCACAUGUGCCAAUCAUGUCUUUAAAAUUACAAUAUCUCUAGUGCCAUCCUUAUCAUCAACAUGUCGAAAGCAGCACUUGUGCAUAAGGUAGUUCUUGUUGGACGUCUUGCGAGCAUGGUUCGUCAUCGAUUGUUUAAACGCUACGCUUUUUUUCACGUUUUUUUUCUGUUCAGUUUAGGUUUUCCACUUUCAUAUCUUACUUUCCAUUCUUCUUCCUAUUUGCCGUUUCACUUGUUCUUUCAUGGAGACCCGAGCACUUGCUUUCAGGAGUCAUCUACCGGGGACGGAUGGCGCGAACGUAGCAACACGGCCUUCUUUUGAUUCUACAUUCUUUUUUUCAACUCGACAUGAAAAAGAAACACCGUGUAUGAGCAAUUUGCGUACUAGGAAUCAAAACGAAUCCCAACAAUCUCUUGAUCGGUAGGAGACAUUUUUGGCAGAAUAAAUGAUCGAAAGUUGUUUCUGCCUUGUCUUUACAGCUCUAUAUACACUAACGACAACCGGAGAGACUCUACCCGGCCUGAAGCCGAGGCUUGCCGAGGUCCGGGAGAACAGUAAAAUCGAG